AUCUUAUUGUGUGAAUUAAUUAUCAUCUUUGACGAUGCCUAACUACAAGCUCACAUACUUCGAUGCACGUGCCAAAGGAGAACCUGCCAGGAUGCUGUUUCACCUGGUGGGACAAAAAUAUGAAGAUAUUCGCUAUGACUUCGAGGGAGAGGAAUGGCCGAAGAUAAAAGGAGACAGGAAAAGGUUUCCACUCGGUCAGCUCCCGGUACUGGAUGUAGACGGCAAGCUUCUGACUCAGAGCAGAGCUAUAUACCGCUUUAUCGCGCGUCAAUUUCCAGGUGAUUACUACGGGAAGAACAACGAGGAAUGUGCCCGAAUUGAUGAAAUCCUUGGGAUUGUGGCUGACAUUGAGAUUGCAGUCGCACCAGCCUUCGAGACACCCGAUGCUACUCAAAGAGAAGCUGACCUUGCCAAGUGUAGAGACAGUACUCUGAAGCCUUCCUACGAUUUCUUCUCUGAAUCUCUUCAGAAAGCAGGAGGAAAGUACUUUAUAGGGAACCGGUUAACCAUAGCCGAUUUGGUCAUCUUCAACCUCAUAGAUUUCUUCCUGGACAGCAGUGUCGGUCUCAAGACCUACUUUGAACCCUACCCAAACCUCGUCAAAUUCUACGAGUCAUUCAAGAAUGAUUCCCCACUCACGCAGUACCUGAAGGACCGAACGUACACCAAAUAUUAAAUCAGCGUUCUCAAAGCAUGAUACCCCGGUCACACCAACGAGGCCGACAGCCUGCUUAUGUGGAGAAAAAUAACUGAUGCUAGACACU